AUGGCCCGCCAACCCCUCCGCCAACUCACGCAAGAGCAAGCAGACCACUUCGUCAAGCACGGCUGGAUCAAGCUCGAGAAAUGCUUCACGCGCCAGCAGGCCGCCGACGUGACCAAAGACGUCUGGAUCCGGCUCGGCAUGUCGCCGACCGACAAGUCCACCUGGGUGGAAGACAACCACAUGCCCACCGUCAAUCGCUGGCCCAUCAGAGACUUUGCGCCCAAGGCCUGGGGUGCGCUGCUUGAUAUAGUGGGCGACGAGCGCCUCGUGCAGAACAAGAACUGGGGCGAUGGCUUUAUUGUCAACCUGGGCACGCCGGAGGGCGAGGGCCAAGAUAUCCCUCCUGACCGGUGGCACGUUGAUGGUCAGCAGCGGGUGAACUUCCUCGACUCCGGCGAGCAGGGUUUGCUCAUCAUGCCCAUCUUCUCCGAUAUCCGGCCUGGUGGGGGAGGGACUAUGAUCUGUCCCGCUGCCCUGCCCAUCAUGGCCCAGCAUCUCUACGACCACCCCGAAGGCCUGAUGCCGGGGUACAGGCCAGUGGGCGAAGAGCCCCACGGACCACAUCAUCAAUUCCAACGAAGGACAGGGCGGAAAAUGCCGCCCAGCACAUGGGUGGAGGUGACCGGGGAGCCAGGCGAUGUGUACAUUCUACACCCCUUCAUGCUGCACUCGCGCGUCAACAACAAACACCGCGACGUCCGCAUCGUCACCAAUAACCGCUUCCCCAUCAAAGAACCCUUCCAGCUCGCCCGCGACGACCCCUCCCAAUACAGCCUCAUUGAGCGCGCGACGCUCCACGCUCUCGGCCGCGAGAACUGCAAGGGCUGGCACAUUACAGGCGAGAGGAAGAAGUUCGACGACAGCAGGCCGCGAAAUCCUAACAAGAGGGGUACACAGCAGGAGGAGCGGGACGCGGAGAUGGCACGGGUGAAGGCGGCGGGCAUGGGGCAUAUCUACGAGGGCUACAAUCGCAUGCGGAAGAAUUAG